GUCUUAGCCCGGUCAGUGUUCACGUUGGUGUAGCAACUUCUUCUUAAUUCACCUGCAUAUUUCAAAUUAAGAUGGAUAAAGAUAUGGAAGAUGUUGAUAAACGUGUCCAGUGGCUCCAUUCCGAACAGUAUUCUGCUGCUGGUGACAUCUUUGGAGAGCCACAAAAGACUUGUCGAAUUGGAGAUAGAUACCAGGCACAAAUCCCAUCUUUGAUGACUGAAAACGAGCGUGUGCAGCUCAUACAGAUCACAUGUGGUCAUGCCGAGCAGACAGAUGUUAGAAAUCACUUUGGCUUUGGUCUGCCAAUUCCUGUCAGUUGGGUUCAUAAUCAACAUAAAAAUAAGGAAGAAACCAUGGAAUCUGGAGAGGGUAAAUCUGGUAUUUUAGGUUCUGGAACAGGCAUUGAUCUGUUUCCGGUUCCUUGUUCGUCUGGGGAAGAAUCUGGGAGUGAUAUUGAACAUAAAAGCUUUCUUCUUGGUUUAUACCUAUUUGGCAAAAAUCUUCGUCUAGUGAACAGAUUCAUGGGGAGUAAAGGAAUCUCAGAUGUAAUAUCUUAUUACUACGGAAAGUUCUAUAGAAGCGGUGAACACCAAAAGUGGUCAAUGUAUCUGAAGAAGAGAGGCAGAAAGUCCAUGCCAGGAAAAAACAUUUUCAAGGGGUGGAGGCGACAGGAGCUUUUGUCUCGCUUACUGCCUCGUGUGACAGAUGAAUGCAAAACUUGUUUGACUGAGGCCAGUAGUACAUUCGACGAGGGAGUAGUUUCCUUUGAGAAGUAUAUAUGUACUUUGAGGGAUGCAGUGGGAAUCCAUCAUCUUGUAGAAGCCGUAGGCAUUGGCAUAGAGAAGCAAGACCUUGCUGUCAAAGUCAAGAAGCGAGCGAGAAGCAAUAAACAAGUGAAAACCAAGAAGCUUCACUCUGAUUGUGCUUCUCUUGAAACAGAAGAACUUGUCAAUAUAUUGAAGGAUCGCAUCGGAUUAAGCAAAUCAAAGUUAGAUGAGCUCUUUUGGGAAGCUGUUUGGCCUCGUCUUUUAGCAAAAGGAUGGCACUCUGAGCAGCCAAGAAACUAUUCGUUGGAAAACACAAACCAUUCUUUGGUGUUUCUUGCACCUGGUGUAGUAAAGUUUUCAAGAAGAAGCCUGGCAAAAGGAAGUCACUACUUUGAGUCAUUCACCGAAGUGUUGAAUAAAGUUGCAUUGGAACCACAUCUUAUUGGGCACGAACCAGACAAAGACAGCUCGGUGGAGCCGCCUGCUGAACAAGGAUCGGAUGAUGAACAGCAUAUGAUCAAAUUCACAAUUGUGGAUACCAGUUUAGUUGGGCCUAUUAAAGCAAAAGAGAUCACUUCACCUACUUUGCAACCGACUAAUAUGCAAGCAUUAUCAAGUGUUUCUGGAGGAACUGAACUUGACACAAUAGAAGUAUCGCAAAAUGAAGAUGUGCAGCAUAAUAGAGUCAAAAUCUCCGGUGCCCUUAGUUUACAAGAUUGUGAAACUAGUGCUACAGAAGAGGACAUGACGGCCCAUCUUGAACCAGUGAUUUCAAAAAUUGGAGAGAACAAAACAGAAUCAAGUACCAAUGUAAAACCAGUAAGAAAACUGAAGUUGAUAUUUAAAACAACAGCAAAGCCUCCUGAUAUUACUACUACUAAAAAUGAUUGCACAAGAGUUGAAGAUACAACUAUGCAAGAUCCACGUCCAAAAAAGAAGCAUAAAAGUAUAGGGAUAGACUUGAACAGCCCUCGAGUAGCUCCAGUUUCCGAUUUUGAUUACUCAUUAUGCUCUGCUAAAGAGUCGGUUUCCCCUGAAACAAGCAAGCAGCCUGAGUUGUGGAAUCAUGGUGCUAAUGGUCAAAGACAAAGUACAAGAAACCGUCCAUUGACCACAAAAGCAUUGGAAGCUCUUGCAAAUGGACUUUUGAACCCAAAAAAGAAGAGAGGGUUGGAGGAUGGGACCCAUAGGCGUGUUCGUCCUAAAACCGCUCUUGUCUCGAGUUGUGGUGCAAGCUACUUGGAAAACAGGGUGGAUAGAAUCUCCUGAACGACACGAGGUUGACUCGAAGCUUAAAUAACUUGCUAUCAUAGUCCUUUCUUCUUUGUGACAUUGUGAAUUGUGAUAGAGUUUUAUAUGAACAUUGAGAACUUGGACAUUUUGUUACUUGUCAAGUUAAUCAACAUGACAAGCAAGGGCAUUUCCAUGAAAUUCUCGUGGAAUAUUUGAACCAAAUAACCCCUUCUGUUUAACUCAUAUUGAUAUAAACCAAAACAUAAUGAUAUUUUACUA